GAGGCGAUAGGAUGCUCUGACUUCACAACACAGAGGACGCUGUUUUGGGUUUCUGCUUUAUUCGAGUUGCACCGGGACUGAGAGCAAGUAUUCAACCCUGUGCUAUGAUUUUAGUUGGAUAAUCAACAUUAAAUCACUACUUUCCUCUUUGAGAAAGCUAUUUCAUCUCAAGGGGUAUCGAAACAUUGGUACCUUACAGCUGCUGGUCUGUCAACUCACUGUGUAACGUUGACGGAGGAAAUUAAAGCCCGUAAUGUUCAAUCCACACAUCCAUCAGCAGCAGCAGCAACAACAACAACAGCAGCAACAGUUUCACCAGCACCUGCGGCAGCUACAACAACUUUUCCAGCAGCAGCCUCCGCCGCCUCCUCCGCCACAGGCGCCUCCUCGGCAUCAUGUUGCCCAUCACCACCACCAGGCACAGCGAGCCAUGCCUGUGUCAGCCCAGUCAGCCCCUCCUCCCAGGAUGGUCAACCUGUGCCAGGGUACCCAGACUACCAUGAUGGCCCCCAAUGCCAUGCUGCAGGGGGCCCUACUGAUGCAGCAGAUGCAGGGGAGCAUGCGGGGAUUUGGGAUGGGUGGACAACAGUUCCGUCAGUUCUUCGCUGCUGGGUCCAGGUCGUCUCUGCUUGGGCCAGUUCCUAUGGGCAUGGCCAUCAAGUCCCCCAUGAUGGGUUUCCAAGCUGGUCGACAGUUCCACCCGCAUGCUCGCUACUACAACAACAACACCGCCACCCCUACCACAGCCUCUUCCUCCUCCUCCUCCUCUUCCAUCACUACUGUAGACACUAAAGCUCGCCAGUCAGACAGGAAGAGGGACAGCGAGCAGAUGGCAGCAGGGAGCACAGACGACCAAGCAGCAUCUAGCAGCACCAAUGAAGCCACUGAUAAGACUGAAACAGAUGGUGCCGUGGGAGGAGUGGCUGAACCCACACAGUCAACUGAGGAGCAACUUGAAGAACCGGUAGUCAAGAAGCAGAGGACAGCAGAUGGGUCAGAGGAGCUGAAAGAACAAUGUGUCGUUGAGUCUGAGACUAUCACUAUUGCAGAUACAGAUGCGGAAAUUCUGUUUUCAGAGUGUAACAGUAACACAGAGGACAGCCACCCUGAAGACUGCAUCCUUCUGGAGGAAGGAGGCUGCACAGGGGGGUCAGAGGUGCUAGAGGAGAGCAAAGCUGCUGAGGAUCACAGCUGUUUGUCAGCCCCAUCCCCACCUGCCAGAGUGAGUGAAGAUGACCAGCAGGUGGAUUGCCUGUCAGAGGAGAUACCACAGGGUAAAGAUGCCCCUUUGGCUUCAUCAGACAGCCAGGAGGAAGAGGAGGGUGUAGCGGAUGGCACCAACAAGUUCUACUGCUACCUCUGCAGCAUUACAUGCCACAACCAGCAUAACUUCAAGAGUCAUAUGAACAGUGUUUCCCACCAGCAGAGGAUGAUGGAGAUCCAACACAUGAGCAAUGCUUGCCUGGUCACCCUGCUGCCACAAGUGCAUGAGUCUCUCCAGGAAGCAAUCAAAGACGGCGACAAGAAAACAGACAUGAAGAAUUGGUGUGCCACCUGUCACACCCACUUCACCAGUGGCAUCAUUGAACACCGUCGCACCGAGGAGCAUAAACUUGCCAGCAGAGCCAUCAUCUCCUCCUGCACAGUCUGCAAGAAACACUUCAAGACCUCCCAGAUAUUUGUGGAGCACUUGCAGUCCCAGGAGCACAGACAGAAAGUUAAGAAGCUCCCGGAACAGGAGGGCUGUGAGGCCUUAGGCAAGCUGACUGCCAUGGACACAGACGGCUUCUCAUUGGAAGAGGUGGAGGGCGGCGAGGUGAAGGAGGAAGAGGAAAGACCGAUGAAUGAACAGGGUGACUGUUCCUCCCUUAAAGAAGUGACUCUAAAGGACAUGGCCAGUGAUGAGCAGUAUGACGCUGACACGGUCUACGGGUCCAGUUUUCUUGUCCCAGUCGCAGGUUUUAUCUGCAAACUCUGCAACAAGUUUUACCACUUUGAAUCUUCUGCCCUACACACCCACUGCAAAUCAAUGAAGCACUUUGAGAACCUCAAGAGGAACAAAGAUUUGCUGAGUCAAAAGAGGGAAGCUUCAAGAGAGUCUCUCCUAGCUGCAGGCAGCCUCAUGCCCUUAACAGAAACCCCCACAGACUGUUUGGAUGAAAAUGUCCUCUCUGAUGACGCUGGUUUAGUGACAAACCCAGACUCCAUGCAGCCCAUCAUUACAGUCACUGAAGACGGACUGAAUAGGCAGACGGAAAGCCAGCAACAGGUGGAAGAAGCAGAACCAACCUCACAGGACUUUGUCAGUACCUCAGCGGCCAGCGCUGACGACACAGACCAAGAGUUCAGCCUCCACAUCAAAGAGGAAGAGACCACAUCCCAGGACUCGGUAGUUCUAGAGAGUCCUGCUGAGCUACCUGCUGAGCUGCUUGCUGAGCUACCUGCUGAGCUACCUGCUGAGCUGCCUGCUGGUAGUAGUACAGAGGAGCCAGACUCUGAGCCAGCAGCUGCUGUUGAGGAGGCUAUUGAAGAGGAGGAGGAGGUGGAGAAGGAGGCUCCUGCUGCCCCAGGGAAAAAGAAGGCCAAACCCAAACGCAGGUCAGGGAGGGCCGCAAACAGACGCUGAGUCAAAGAUUAGAUGUGGAAAGAGUGGAAACCUGGCAGAAUAGUAACCUUAGGACAGGAUUUGUCAGUAUGUGAAGAGGUGCUUUUAUGAAACCGAGACCAAGGCGUGAACAGCUUCUCUCCAUGUUGGAAGUCUGAAUUAACCAAACAGCAACAAGUAGGAAGAAUGAUGGUAAAUCGUGAUGGAACAGGACUUGGUUUGUGAUGCUCUCCCAGGGUGGGAAAUUAACACCUGACAGCUAUCACAUACAUGUUAAAUGAGUGACUGGGUGGAUAAUAUUGGCUCGCAGUCUAAACUCCAGCCUCACCAUCCAAUCACAGCAAUCAAAAUGAGAUCAUUAUAACCUAUGUACAUGUAGCUCAGAAAAAAUCAUUUUUCGUCUACAUUAAAAAAAAUCUGUAAAAUGCCUAAAAAGAUUUGCUGCCUAAAAAUAACGCUUAAAAAGAGAAGCUCCUUAUGUUGUUUACCCAAUAGAAAAACCGUCACCUGGAUACACAUGAUGUGUCCCGAUUCCAUAAUUCAUAUUAAAAUCUAAGCAGGUUCUGAGCAUGUAGCAUGAUUGUUUACUAUUUUGGGUUUAUAUGUUUUAAAAAGUCACUUGCAUUAUUUUGCCACAAUGCAAUUUGUGGAUAUAAACAACAUUUUGGUUUAAUAAACGCCCCAGGUAACAACUACUGGAUGAAUUGCCAUAAAAUGUGGUCCAGACACCAAACUUGAUCCCUUGACUUUCCAUCUAGCGCCAUCAUCAGGUCAAAAUGUGUGUAUUUUGGUUUACGACCAAAUGCCUGCAACUGUUGACAUUCCCAUCAGCCUCAGCUGUACUUUGUGUUUAGUGCUAAUUUGUAAUUGUAAGCAUGCUAAACUAAGAUAGUUAACAUUCUACCUGCUUAACGGCAGCAGGUAAACUCAAAGCACCUCUCUGCCGAAGUACAACCUCACAGAGCCACUAGCAUUGCUGUAGACUUGUAUGUAUACUAACUAUAAAAACAGUAUACUGUAUACAAGUAGAAUGGGAUUGGGAAACCAAUGUUAAUUGGAGAAUGCAAAUUUAAUAUAUAGUUUCUUUAAGUGAAAAUAAUAAUUUAAUUCCCCCCACCUUCUUUCACUAACUAUUAAAAGAACUGUAAUUGCUUCUGACCCCCAAUAUUUCUCUGGGUUUAAGAAAAGAAGGAGGCUGGUAGAUUUUCUAUCUACUGGGCUCACCAAAAAGUUGAUUUCCCACCCUGCUGUCCGCAAGGAUCAGGAUGUUGAUUUUGCUAAUUCUCUAGCUAGCUAGAUGAAUGCUUGUUAACUUAAUAUGACCUACAAGUGGACACAUUUCAACAUUGUUAACCAAUUAGCACAUGCUUUUAGCGAGUUGAAAUGUAGAAUGUAACCUGGUGUUUGAACGGGUGACAACUUUUGUUUAAAAGAGGUACUUCGGCUUGAGUGUUGAGAAAUACUGAACCUUGAAUCUGAUCAGAGCUUGGUUCAGGGCAUUUUAUUAUCAUAUUUUUUUGGGGGGGGGGUCAACUUUAUGUCAUGUUUUGGGCACAAAGGUUCUCAGCAGCAGAGGCAUUUUUAGUGAAACUGCUGACAAUUUAGAAAUUAUUUUUGCGUAAUGAAGAGUUUAAGAUGUGUUGGGAUUCAACACAAUCUGUAGGAGCUGAAUGUAGGAUUGAACACCAACAAAAUGUCUGAAAAAUCAUUUUACAUCUGCAGUUAAAUAGAAAAGAACCCCUGUAAAUGUUAAACUCUCUAAAAUGAGAAUCAGCACAAAGGGCUGUCCUGUGCAUUUUGCUCUUUUGGACAUUUGAAAGCUUGUAAGUCAAGACAGCGUCAAGCGUCUGCUUGAAAGACUGUUAAGUUGUUUUUUUCCCUUGCUGGGAGUUGAAGCUCAGAAUUCACAAUGAUAAAAGCAUUUGCAUUGAAUGGAUCGUGUUGGCACAACAGAGUGAUUUUAUACAAUAUCACGUUUGAUGUCACAUUUACAUUUGUCAGGUGUGCCUAAAAAAAAAAAAAAAAAACCUAAAAAAAAGAGCUUUCCAUGGAUUUACAAUG